UGAAGGACAAAAAUUAUUAAAUGAAACAUCUGCAGCGUUGAAAGCAGAUCAAAAGGCUUCUAAUGAUUCAAUGGAAAACAUGAAGGAAAAAAUAAAAAGGGUGGAAAAAGAAUUGGAGGAUGGCAUUGCAAAGGCUGAAAAAUCAAAUUCAAAGGAAGAUUGGGCAAAUGUUGAUAGAAUUUCUGUUAAAGCUAGUCAAACUGGAGUGGAAGCAGCAAAGCUUGGAAGACAAAUUGCUGAAAAUGCUGAAAAAGGAAUUGACGCAAUUAAGGAAAUGAGAGAAUUGGAAAAUUUAAUGAAUAAACAAGUGGAGGGUAAAAAAAUUUCCCUUUAUUUUGAAGGCAAAAUGUAA